AUGACGACUCCGCUCCCUCUCUUACGUCUCCCUAGACUUGCCCUUAUUCCAGUUUUCAACUACAUGGAUCCACUUGAUAUAAUUUCAUUCUCGCUUCUCUCCGAAAGGACCAAUAAACUGUCGAAAAGUCUUCGCAAAAUAUCUAUCAAUUCCAUCAGUGCGUUUGUUAGGAGUGAUUAUCCUCGUAUCACAGUAGCAUUGAAAAAUGAUAUGUCAGUGGGGCUCCAUUUGUACACGGAGAUACUUCCGGAUGAGGUCAACGUGAUGCUUCGAAACGGAAUGAUUUCAUGGGAAAAGGGGUCGAUCACUGUCGCGAAAUUGGUGGAGCGAAUUCUUGAGGUUACUAGUUGUGAAUCGCUUGAAUAUGUGAUUCUCAGAGGACCUCUUCAACUAGAAGUGUGCGAUACUCUCGCUCAACUGUCAAAACUCCAGAAAUUAGUCAUCGUGGAUACCUGUUCCGAUAGUUUUGCAAAGAAAGCUCUGGAAAUCAUCUUGCCAGUUACCACGGAGAUUUCAUUGUACCGGAUUCCAUUUGAGAGCAGAGAAGAGUUUCAGACCUUCCUAAAGAGUAAUUUGAACGAGUUGUAUAUUCAAAGUCAGUUCUCGACGUUCACUCUUGAUGACUUUCUGGUCACAAACGCACUCAAGGUGGAAUUAAGACAAGUUUUGUUUAGUGCCACAGAUAUCUGCCAAUUUCUUACAAAUUGGUUUCACAGCAAACACAACUCUCGACUUGAGCAUCUGUCAUUGCUCGUAAAUGAAGAUGUCAAUGAAACGCGCCUUUUGGAAGUACUGAAUGAUUUUCCAUUUCUAGGAGACCGAGAGAGAACGUUCUCUCAUUCAAAACAACUGGGCGUUUUAUCAAUAUCGUAUUGUGGAGGAUAUGAUAUCGAAAGAACAGAUGGGAAGAAAGCCACAAUUCGAUUUGGAACUUUUUAUGGCGAGAAGUCUUUCGAUUUUUAUGUUGACCGUGCUUUGUUUGAAAUAAAUUCGCCAGUUAACAAGGGAAAUGGUGCAGAGUUCAAAUGGAACAAUGCGGUAAUAGGAGCUGCAAAAUUGUACCGUACUCUCAAUAUUCCGAUUUCAGGGUUACAAGAACGGUCAAAUCAGAAGUCAUCCGCCGUCUCCGUCCCAGAUUCGAACCUAUUUUUGUGA